CUUCCUCUAGCAGUUCCUGCCUUUGGCCAUGUCGGAAACCGCGCCUGCUGAGACGGCUGCACCCGCGCCGGUGGAGAAGUCCCCUGCCAAGAAGAAGGCGACCAAGAAGGCCGCGGGCGGUGGCGCGGCGAAGCGCAAGGCGUCCGGGCCGCCCGUGUCCGAGCUCAUCACCAAGGCGGUCGCAGCCUCCAAGGAGCGCAACGGCCUCUCGCUGGCCGCGCUCAAGAAGGCGCUGGCGGCCGCCGGCUACGACGUGGAGAAGAACAACAGCCGCAUCAAGCUGGGCCUCAAGAGCCUGGUGAGCAAGGGCACCCUGGUGCAGACCAAGGGCACCGGCGCCUCGGGCUCCUUCAAGCUCAACAAGAAGGCGGCCUCCGGGGAGGCCAAGCCCAAAGCCAAGAAGGCGGGCGCGGCCAAGCCCAAGAAGCCAUCCGGUGCCACCCCCAAGAAGCCGAAGAAGGCUGCGGCCGCGAAGAAGGCGGUGAAGAAGACUCCCAAGAAGGCCAAGAAGCCGGCAGCUGCCGGGGUCAAGAAGGUGGCCAAGAGCCCCAAGAAGGCCAAGGCCGCCGCCAAGCCCAAGAAGGCGGCUAAGAGCCCGGCCAAGCCCAAGGCUGUGAAGCCCAAGGCAGCCAAGCCCAAAGCCGCCAAGCCCAAGGCAGCUAAGCCUAAGGCUGCAAAGGCGAAGAAAGCGGCCCCGAAAAAGAAGUAG